UCAUCCCAUCUAGCAGAUUCAGAUGGUCCUAAUUCACGAAGCACGAUACAAUUUCCCUAUUUUUUCUUUUCAAAAAUACAAGUUAAAAAUCAUAUCUUGAAUUGAUUUGAACCAAUAACUUUCUAUAAAAAGGAAUUUUGCUCAAAGAAAUUAAUUCACGAUACCAAUACCAAAUUGAGCUGGUAAUUAGUGUUUCAUAAGCUUCAAAGUUCUGGGUUGAAAUUGAUAUGAUGCUUGGAACGCCCAACUCACGAAGGCCCAUUGCUUGAAGUUUCAACAAACCUUAAAACUAAACUGUGAAACACGAACAAACAUCAGUGAACAGCAAUGGAGUCGGCCAAAUCAAACGAUACACCAAAAGAAGCAAUCUUUCGUCUCUUCGACGACAAACCCCCUUCUGGGUUGAGUUUCUUAGACUUCCCCGAAAAGCCCCUCCCUCCCCCGCCGCCAUGCCUCGAAUUUCUUCCCUCAGAGGUUUCAGCAGAUGUGAAGUGCUCUAUGGAGCCUGUGAAUGUUGCUGGAAUUACUCUUCUUAAGGGGAGGGUAAGCACUGAGGAGGUGUUUGCACUUUCCAACUCAGAUUUAGUACCUGGUAAAUAUGAAGGAGGGUUGAAACUAUGGGAGGGCUCACUAGAUUUAAUUGCAGCCCUUAGCUCAGAGAUGCAGAACGGGAGGUUGUCUUUCACUGGGAAGCGAGUUCUUGAGCUUGGAUGCGGUCAUGGACUUCCCGGUAUAUUUGCUUGCCAAAAGGCCGCAGCAGCUGUGCAUUUCCAGGACUUCAACGCAGAAGUCCUUCGGUGCCUCACCAUUCCCAAUGUUACUGCAAAUAUCAAGGAAAAUCCUCAGUAUUUGUCUGCUGAUGUAAAGGAAGGCGGCAUUAGCACUGAGUCUGAGACUCGGUUCUUCUCUGGUGACUGGGGUGAAGUGCACUCGAUUCUGGAUCAGGCAGCUGGUUACGAUGUCAUUCUUAUGGCAGAGACGGUUUACUCGAUUUCUGCACUGCCUAAUCUGUACAAACUUAUAAAGAAGUGCCUGAGUAGUCCCCAUGGAGUUGUAUACAUGGCAGCAAAGAAAUAUUAUUUUGGGGUUGGUGGAGGAUCGAGGCGAUUUCUCUCUCUCGUCGAAAAAGAUGGUAUUCUUGCCUCUUCCCUGGUUGCGGAGGUUGCAGAUGGUUCAUCCAAUGUUCGAGAGGUCUGGAGGCUUCAACUCAAUGAGUUUACAGUACAGAGCAGCGCAUAAUUCAGCUGGUUUCGAGCCUACUGUAAUAUACACCUCAGAUAAUUGGUGCAGCCUCAUUUGUGAUUUCUGCAAGUUUUAAGUAUUGUAUUUCCUUUUUAAUUUCUUCAUGGAUACCGUCUUCUAUAGUUACUCGUGGCCUAAUUUAUGUUGAUCCAACACCAGAUUGUGCAAUGGAUGUCUUUCAUUUUAUUUGUCUCUUCAAAA